UACCUGUGAUAGAGGCAGCAUCCCGGCGGGCAGCUCCGGUGACAGAGCAGAGAGCGGGGUACGGAAACGCUGGCAGAGAGGCAGUCCUGGUAGCGGCGAUGCUAGAGACGCUGCAGGCAUGGAAAUAGGCGCUGGCAAAAAGGUAGUCUCGGUGACAGUGAGGCUGGAGAACGCUGCAGGCAGACAAAUAGCCCCUGGCGGAGAGGCAGUCCCGGUGAUGUUGGAGAGCCAGAGAGCUGUGCAAUAGAGGCGUAGGCAACCAGAGUAAGAGGGAGAACGGUGAGGAGUGAGAUCCUGUCAGUGCUGAGGACUCACUGAUUGGUACAAGAACUACAAUAAGAGGUACCUACACUAUCUGUCUUACAAUAAUCAGACAGAGGGGGUGGAGAGGCAGAGCGUAGAGGAACAAGAGGAACAGGAGGAGUCGGGGGAGCUACCAGAGGGGACCCGACAUGCCUAAUGGAGAGAAAACAGGAGCAGGAGUUUCCCAGACAGAGAGAACAGGAUGUGACCAAAUGUUCUGAAGAACCACAAUAAAGGCAUAAAUCCUCUUGACAUAAUCUCUGUUAUUUCUCAGGAAUAAGUCUUCUUCCUCUGUAAGGUCACACCCAGCAGCCUGUGCACUUUAUUAGAGGGAGAAAGCGCGGCUAGCUGCAGAGCAGGCAGCACAGAGAGGAGAGAGCAGAGCACUGGCCAGACGCAACACACACAGACCAGACAAUGCCGAACUGGGGCGGAGGGAAGAAAUGUGCGGUUUGCCAGAAAACGGUCUACUUUGCGGAGGAAGUACAGUGUGAGGGUGGCAGCUUCCAUAAAUCCUGCUUCUUGUGCAUGGUAUGUAAGAAGAAUCUGGAUAGUACCACAGUUGCUAUACAUGGGGAUGAGAUUUACUGCAAAUCCUGCUAUGGCAAGAAAUAUGGGCCUAAAGGAUAUGGAUUUGGUCAGGGGGCAGGUACCCUAAGUAUGGACCGCGGCGAAAGCUUGGGCAUCCGGCCUGAAGAGCCAUUGAGACACCAGCCUACAAACAACCCAAAUCCUUCCAAGGUUGCUCAGAAAGUGGGAGGAGCUGAUGUCUGUCCUCGCUGCUCUAAGUCUGUGUAUGCUGCUGAGAAAGUGAUCGGUGGUGGAAAUUCAUGGCAUAAGGGCUGCUUCCGUUGUGCCAAAUGUGGGAAAGGUUUGGAAUCGACUACAUUGGCCGAUAAAGAUGGAGAGAUCUACUGCAAAGCAUGCUACGCAAAGAACUUUGGUCCAAAAGGAUUUGGCUUUGGUCAGGGUGCUGGAGCACUAGCCCACACAUCAUGAAUGCUCUAUAAUUCUGUGUCUGCACUUGUACCCUCAUCAACAGAAGUUAAAUGAUCAGUGGCAGGCACUGCUGCUUUCCACUGCUAAGAAUGACAUGCUGCAGCUUUGACUAUGCAAUUUACGCAAGCAUAGGCAUGUGUGAUAUGUGUGUCUAGCAUAUGUUUAAACAAAACCAAAACUGAAUUGACACUUAUGCUGCUUUUGUAAACACUACAGACUCAUCAUUACAUUGCUGUAUGUUCUUAUACUUUUUUUGGUGGCUAUUGCUCCUAAUAGGCUCACUGUGGAAUUGAGAAGGCUGUAAAGGGUAGCUGUGUGAUUGCUUUUUGUUUUGUCACAAUUAAUUAGUGGUUCUCACCUAAAUGUAUUAAAGGAAUAUUUAUAUCA